AUGCUGUUUCGCCGCUUAUGGUAUCUUUUACUACUACUUGUCUUCUAUGUAUUUAUUAACAUACACUUCAGCACUCGAAAUUUGAAUCCUGAUCAAAGUUCUAUCAGUGAAUCUAGGUUUCAUACGAACUCUUCUUACGAACCUAAACAAUAUAAUGAACAAUUCGAUAAUGAUGACGUUGUUUUCUUAAUUAUAACUGGAAAACCAAAUCAAGACGACCGUAUUCCACUGCAACAGCAAACUUGGAUGAGAUACACUACUCAAACGUAUAUAUUUAGUGAAACAGCAAGUGGUCGAUUACCAUUGAUAGUACUCCCAAAUAUAACCGAUUCGUAUGCUAGUAAUGGACCCAAAUUUUGGGAUGCUUUACAAUGGGCUUGGGAAAGAUUUCAAAACAGGGCAAAAUGGUUUGCGAAAGUAGAUGAUGAUACAUUUGUGAAUGUCCAUGAAAUAUAUAAAUUAUUGAAACAAAAAGAUGCUAGAAAGUUUACCGUAUAUGGAAGAUGUGGAGAACAUUUUCUUCCAGAAACACAUGUAUCUCAGGAAACUUUACCGAAAAAUUGGACUUUUGUUGACGGAGGUGCAGGAACAUUUAUCAGUAACUAUGCAAUGUCAUUGUUAAACUUACAUGGAUUUUUGAAUAAGUCAAAAGUUCUGCAGCGUCAUGGGUCAACUCUUUUUGGGUUUCAAGAUGCUUCAUUUGGUGAAAUUAUAACCGAAAUUGCUCGCAGGGAGACGCUUCGUUACAAUCGAACCUUCACUUCACCGUUCAUCUGUGAGGAUCGUCGUCUUCAACAUCAAUGUGAUCCGAAGCAUCCUGAAGCAAAGUUUUGUUUAAGACAGAGAUGUACAACAUUGCAUAGAUGUAGAAAAGACUUGAUGCUUUUUUGGCACCGUCACUUCUCAAUGAGACGUUUAGGAACAUAA